CCUGACCGGACACUUGUGUGCAGCCGUUGCACGCAGGGUGCGGCUAGCAUCCGAAGCGCCUUACCGCUAAAUGCAUGUUCAUCCUCCGCUAAGUAAAAGCGUCGGAAAGCUCGCAACGGCUUCCCUCACGCCAAAGCGAGUCCGGGUGCCCUCUCUUUAACACCUACUAAGCUCUCGUUUCCUUGACUUGACUUUCAGUGCUUCACUAAUAUCAAUUGGCUGAGAUCAUGACACCUUAUCUUGGAUCUGAUGCCAACGGAACCAACGGAACCACAGAACUCUUCAACCUGCUUGACGGCACAAAGUCAGCUCUCGAGCAAUUGCUGGCAAAAGCAAAGGACCAUCUCCCACGAGAAGCUCUGCCGCACAUCUCGAGAAUCCAUUUCUCAACGGCCAACACUGGCAGCCCAUACUUUCCUAGUCCGCUCAAGCAAACAGAGGCUAUCACAGCACUGAAGGCAGUCGAGGCAGGCGUUGCUUCCGCCAUCGCCGAUCUCAAAGAUGGACUAUCUACACGAAGCAUCGAUGUCGAUCUAGAGAGGGCCACAGCGUUCUUGUUCUCGACGUAUCUGGCCACUGUUGGUGGUAUGGAUAAGGCGAACCCAAAGGUGAAGAAGCUCUUGAAAAAUACCGAUCUGCUACAAGCACAGGAUAUUCAGUACCGCAGACUUUCAGCAAACCUGUACGAGACCAAGAAUGCUGGGGAGUACUUCCACCUCCAUGGCUCCCUGGAGGCGACCAAAGCACUAAACAUGGUUGGUCUAGAAGGCCACCGCCCCGAUCUCACCGAAUACCAUGAGUGCAUCAAGGUUAUCGAGGACCACGUCAAGCAGUUCACUGUCGAUCAACUUGAGGAGAUGAACGCCCAGAUUAAGCAAGCAGGCGUGACUUGUUUGAAGUGGGAGGAUUUCAGGGCAACAGAGCAUGGUCAGACACUCCUACAGCAACCGCCAUGGAAAGUCGAGACAUUAGAGACUGAGACGCCACUUACACCAUUGCCCUUCACGCCAUCAGCCGCACCAAAGCCCCAGAUUCUCGCUGGAAUCAGAGUCCUCGAGCUCUGCAGAAUCAUUGCAGGCCCAGCCAUGGGUCGUGGACUCGCCGAGUACGGAGCCGAAGUAAUCAAGGUCACAGCACCUCAUCUCUCGGACGUUCCAUUCUUCCAGGUUGAUGCCAACAUUGGUAAGCACACAGUAGACCUGAACCUGAAGGAGGCAAAAGAUCGCGAGGCGUUCGAGAAAUUGCUCAAAACAGCAGAUGUCGUCCUCGAUGGCUACCGACCCGGUAGUCUCAACCGCCUCGGCUAUGGACCCUUGCAACUACAAGAUAUUGCCAAGCGACGUGGUCGUGGAUUUGUUUAUGCCGCUGAAAACUGCUUUGGACACGUUGGGCCUUGGGCUCACCGACCUGGCUGGCAGCAGAUUGCAGACUGUGUCUCGGGUGUUGCUUGGGCGCAGGGUCAUGCCAUGGGUUUGCAAGAGCCUGUUGUACCACCUUUUCCCAUGAGCGACUACGGCACUGGAUGUAUGGGCACCAUUGCCGUGAUGGUCGGCCUCUUUAAUCGAGCAAAAUUUGGCGGCAGCUAUAUUGGCACCACAUCCCUCGUCCAGUACGAUAUCUACCUUCUGCAGCUCGGUCUGUACGAUGACAAGAUGAUGGCCGAAUUAAGAAAGGAGCACGAUGCUCAGUUCUUUGAGCUGAGGCACCACGACUCAGUAGACGAGGUUGGCAAGCGAGCAUUGAAAACGAUGAGAAGAACACACCCCGAGCUCUUCGAACCCCGACACAUGCAGGCAUGCUUCAGCAAGAGCUUCAAUGCAGAGGUCCGAACGAUCAGACCUGUCGUCGAUAUUGGGGGCUACUGGAAUGGAUUCUUGCGUGCCUCGAGAACCAACGGCUACGACAAGCCCAGCUGGGAUGAUUGGGAGGUGGAUGAGGAUUUGCUGAAGCCGUAAAGGCGCAGCAGUUUCUCUCGGCUUUCUAUACCUGUUCAGCAUACUGAGUGCGCUACGAUAUCAUGACCAUAUAGCAUCUGCUCAAUGAUUACUAUCAAAUACACAGAUCCAG